CGAUUCUUUGAUUCAUAUUUUUAUUUCUCAAAUUUUUUUAUACCAGUAGAGGAUGCCUGAAGUAUCGCCUGUCUUCUCACUUUAUUCACAGUGUCUUUAUGUCAUACAAGAUAAUUUAGAACAUAUUUAUAGGCCUACUCCUAAAUUGGAGACGGGUAGUUCAUGUUCCAUUUCAGAAAUAUCUUAUGGCGAAUCCGACAACAAUCCGUUUCACAAAAUACCUACCGUUUUGUUGGAGGAGAUCAUCUGUUCAUUCCCUCAAGAAAAGAAAUUAAAAAAUUUCAACAUUGGGUUUCUCAUUACCCCCGAGCUUCAGCAAUUAAUUAUUCCCAGUUUGUGCCGCUAUAGCAACUACAAUGAGCAAUACUUGAAUUUCAGAAAACUUGAAAAACUGCAAGUGUUAGUCAUGCAAAAAACAAAUGUGGGAGACUCUUGUCUGAAAAUGAUAGGGACAUGGUGUAAAAAUUUAAGGGUAUUGGAUGUAAAUUAUUGUUCCAGAGUGACGGACACUGGCAUCGAAUGGUUAAUUCUCCAAUCAAGUGAGUUACGAAACACACUUCGGCAGUUGUUGAUUUCCUGUCGUUCCGUGACGAAAAAAGGGACCAAAAUGGCUAUACAGCAUUUUUCAGCCUUGGAAUUCAUCGAAAAUCGAAAUAUCUUUGAUGUUUUAGUAGAAGUGGUUAAGUCAGCGGCGAGAAUUCAACCCAAAAUUGUAAAAUUCCCUUUCCUUCGUCUAAAAAUGCAUCCUGCUGCUUUAUAUAGAAAAGGUAAUUUUGGGUUGGUAGUAGGAUGUUGCCCUGGGCUUCUCGAUCUCACUAUUGUUGUUAAGAAGGGAUUAACAGACUCUGAAUUGUUUUGCCUAACGAAUUUGAAGAUUCUACGAAUGCUAAACAUCACAGGGCUCAAACGCUCUAGAGGAGAUGCAAUUACUUUCGACAUGGGCAUUGCUCCAGUGCUAAAGGUGGUCGGAAAUUCCUUAAAAGUUCUCCACCUUCCGCACUUUGAAGUCGACAUUUGGACCAUUGUCAAAUAUUGUCCCAAUUUAAACUCACUGAUUUUCCAAAAGCAUUGCGAAAGUUUAAGUGCCUUGUCUGAAAGCGAGGUAAUUCAAUUGCGUAAUGAAAAAGGGCGAGUAAUUUUUGAGGAUCUUCAAUUUAUACUUUGCGGCUACAACCUUUCGAAUGACAUUCUAUUUGCUUUGUUAUCUUGUCCUUCACUAGAAAAAGUUGUCAUAUCAGAUUGUAACGCACUCACCGACGAAUUUUUACAAGAAGCCAUGAAAAAUGGCAUCUUAAAAAAUCUUCAGUUAAGGAUGCCUAAAGUGUCGCCUGUUUUCUCACUUUUUUCACAGUGUCUUUACAUAAUUAAGAACAAUCUAGAACAUAUUUAUCCGACUCCCGUUAAAAGUGUUAAAAAGCGAUUGAAGUUGGAGACGAGCACUAGUUCAUGUUCUAUCCCACAAACAACUGUAGGCGAAUCCGACAAUAAUCCGUUUCAUAAAAUACCUACCGUUCUGUUGGAGCAGAUCAUCAGUUCACUUCACAAGAAAAUGAAAAAUUUCGACAUUGGGUUUCUCAUUACAACGGAGCUAAAAAAAUUAAUUAUUCCCAAUUUGUGCAAUGAGCAAUACCUGAAUUUCAGAAAACUCGAAACACUGCAAGGUAUUGGAUGUAAAUUAUUGCUCUAG